AUGCAAUAAGCAUCAAAGAACUCUUCACCAUUCCCGAAGGUAGUACGUCCAUCAGACUGACGAGUAAAGGGUCCAAUUACUUAGGCCUGAGAGGGCAGUGGAGUCGGGCUAGCCUGAACCAGAAACCACCUCCUAUUGGCUCUGGUGAAUACAGGAUAGGGGACAGUAUCGUGCAGUACACUAGCUUACAGAGUGGCAGAGAACAUGCAGAUAUUGAUGGUCCUCUGACUGAACCGGUUAUUGUCUUUGUUCUUUUUAACCAGCCCUCAGCAGAGCCCGAGACUGUCCACUACCGCUACCUUGUACCAAUCAAAUAUGGCUGGAGAAGCAGCAGAUGGUCAGAUUGCUCAGCUACAUGUGGAUCAGGGGAGCAACAGAGAGUCUACGUUUGCAUCAAUUUGUCCACGGGUCAGCGGGAACCAGACAGUAGUUGUGAUCAGGCCAGACCCCAGGUCGAGAGAAGACCCUGCAAUAGGCAGAUAUGCCCGCCAAAGUGGCAGCCGGAUCCCUGGCAGCCCUGCUCACGGUCCUGCAGUGGAGGUAUCCAAACCAGAAAUGUCUACUGCGUGGAGAGGGCACCAAACAACAUGCUGAUGAGGGUAGACAAAGAUAUGUGCUCUGGUGCGAAGCCGCACAGCCAGCAAAACUGCAACCUAGAGCCGUGCCCACAUUGGAUGACUGGCAACUGGUCUGAGUGUUCAGUGACCUGCGGGCAAGGCAGUAAACAGAGGGGUGUAUCGUGUCUAGACAGCAGACACCAAGCGUCUAGUGGGUGUGAUCACCAAAAACAACCAUCCCUGACCAAAACUUGUAUAGUUGGUGUGCCCUGUGUUAGGGGACCAGAAACCUCAUCACCACAAAUAAUAAUACCCCACGAGAAUCUUAACCAGCCAUUUGAAAGAUCUUCAAUCCCCAGUUACCAUGCCAGCGACUGGGGUCCGUGUAGCGUAACCUGCGGAUGGGGCACCAUGUCGCGGUCAGUACGCUGCAAAGUCUACCUCCCGUCCAACCAAAUGCUGCACGACUUGCCAGAAGCAGAAUGCACCCACGACCCCAAGCCCGAUGCCGUCGCCGAGUGCGAGAGACUCGAUUGCUUGCCCGAGGACCAGUUUGAGGACAACACAGUCCCUGCCAAUGGGUUUGGCGGGGGACCGUUGACGGUGCAGUUUGUGUGGCGCUACAUGGGGUUCACAGAGUGCAGUGCCUCGUGCAUUGGAGGCGUGCAGGAAUCCCUGAUCCAGUGUGUCCACAUUGAUGGAGAGACACCCGUGAGUGAUACUCUGUGUGACAUCACAUCCAGACCCGAUAUAUUCUCCAAGGUCUGCAACGAACAGCCAUGCCCCCCAGAUUGGGAGGUGCCCUUGUACAAGGAGUGCUCAGCAUCAUGCGGUGGUGGUAGCCAGUAUCCUCUUGAAGUCUUAUGCAUGCAAACCCUAGCCAGGGGAGUGGGCAAUACUGUAGUCUUACCGGACUCACAAUGCGAUCACAUCCCAGUGCCUAGUGGGCCUGUGCCCUGCGGACAGGUAGACUGCCCAGCAUACUGGCAGACUGGCACCUGGUCAGAGUGCUCUAAGUCCUGCAACGGGGGUAUCAGGUCGCGACAUGUGACCUGCAAGAAGAGGCUGAAGACAGGCGUGGAGUCCGUAGUAGACUGGCACCAGUGUCCACUGACUGCGCCACCCAACACGGAGAUGUGCAACGAAGGGCCCUGUGAACUGAUGCAUGAGUGGAGACCACAGGAAUGGUCUGAGUGUUCAGUCACAUGCGGUACUGGUAUUAAGGUGCGGCCCAUAACAUGCAUACGACAUGAGCCGGACGGCACGACCUCAUUGGUUGAUUUCAGACUCUGCCCUGAGGCCAGUCAGCCAGUGCAUACAGAGUUCUGCCUACUCAGCCCGUGCACAGAGCCUGAGAUAUUAGCCAACCACACCACCUACCACCAGGUGGGCUUCAAGAGCAAGCUUCGUCUCACCGUGGGCAUGACGGCUCACGUCAACCGGGGAGUGACCGUCACCGUCAAGUGUCCAGUCAAACACUUCAAGAAGUCUGCGAUCAUUUGGCGACGCGGCCCGCGGGAGAUCACGACCAACGACGCCAGGGCAAAGGUCCUGCCCGAGGGAACGCUACGGAUAAGAUGGGUCACGGAGGAAGACCAGGGGGUGUAUAGCUGCAUUGCUGGAACAGCUAAGGAGAGGUUUACGCUUCAUAUUAGAGAUAUGGAGGAACUAAGGAGUGGACCAUCACUGUUUGGAGUUAGGUGGAUCAUUGGCAACUGGACAGCGUGCUCUGCCACAUGUGGAGGGGGCCAGCAGACCCGGUCCGUGGUUUGUCAGCGGACCUCCAUACUGGGCCGAUCCAGGCCCAAUUCUGGCCGGGUGUGCCGAGCCCAGGGGCUGGGCUCGCCAGAACCAAUCAGGGCGUGCAACACCCAUGGCUGCCAGCCACACUGGGUAACGGGGGCGUGGCAAGAGUGUGCUCCACAAUGCACCAGCGCCUUUAUCGGAAGUCAGGUCCGAGAGGUUUCUUGUGAGGGCAGCAGACAGGAACCUUUACCAGACAGCCAGUGUGAUGACGCAACCACAAAACCAGCACCGCAUCAGCCGUGCCAGCAUAUCCAGUGCAGUCCAGUCUGGAGGACGUCAGGAUGGAGCUCUUGUUCAGCAACCUGUGGCACACAAGGCAUACAGACAAGAACCAUACAGUGUACGUACGCUGGGAAUGGAGAGACGACAAACACUAUGGCAUGCGCCAGUCUCAAACAACCCGCCAUCACACAGAGAUGUAACCAUUUACCAGAAUGCCUAGAAGAUACUUGUGAGGAUAAAGUCAACUUCUGCAGUCUAGUCAAGAGAAUGCAUAAGUGCCACCUAACGGCGUAUCGAUUAUCCUGCUGUAAGACUUGUUCAUAGUGGCUGCUUUCCUGAUUUUCCUACUGUCGCGACAUGUCGGUGGUAUUUGACUGCAUGACUACGCAAAUGCAUCACUGGCUGUGAGAAACAGUUCCAGUUAUAUUUAGGUACGUCACAGAAGAGGCUUUUCUGCAGUCAGUGUGUAUGUACUCCACGCGCACUGUGGAAAAGUUUGCACGACUAGUUCUAAUACAAAUGUACACAAACCUAUAGGGUCUUUACAUGUGACACUCAGCCGUAUGAUGUGGUACAUGCAUGGUUCCCUGUGGAGACAUGUGCAUAUUAGGGAACAACAGAUUGUAUACGUCUCCACAGGGCAAUUUCUAUAGAUGA